AUGCCAAGUGUCUCAGGGGGAGCCACGAUAUCAGGCGGUGUGACGGUAUCCAAUACGGGACUCACGGUGUCGGGCGGUGUGACGGUGUCGAAUACGGGUCUAACGGUAUCAGGGGGUGUGACGGUGUCCAACACGGGUCUCACCAUAUCUGGAGGCGGGGCCACCAUAGCAGGUGGCGUGACGGUGUCCAAUACAGGCCUUACUGUGUCGGGGGGUGGGGCCAGCUUUACUGGAGGCAUCACUGCUGUAGACACCGGAGUCAGCGUCACCACCGGCGGUGCGAGGAUCUACGACACUGGUACUUCCGCCGAGACGCUCACGGUGAAGAACAGCGCCAGUGGCAUCACCAAGGCCAUUUUGUACUUGGACUCGACGGAGACCAGUGGUUUCCCGCUCAUCGAUGCUAAGGUGGCCGGCACGUCGCAGUUCACCGUGACGGCAGCAGGGCUGACGACGAUAGCGUCGGGUGGCCUCAGCGUCAAAGGUGGUGUCACUGUUGUGGACACAGGUCUCACCGUGUCAACUGGAAUUGUUGGCAUCUCGGAUACAACGGCUUCAACAGUGAGUACAGACGGCGCUCUCGUUGUCAGUGGUGGCGUCGGCAUCGGGGGGAGCAUUCGCUGUGCUGGAACUUCCUACGCGGUCACGCACACGAACACGUCUGAUCGGCGUCUGAAGACCGCAGUCAAGAACUUGGAAGCAGCCCAAGAGACCAUCAGGAAGCUUCGUCCGGUGACGUACGAGUGGCGGCGAGAUGAAUUCCCGUCACGCAACUUCCCCACCGGCGUGUUCCCUGGUUUCCUCGCUGACGAGGUGGAGGAAAUUCUGCCGGACCUGGUGCAGCAGGACGGCGACGGCUGGAAGUCGAUGGACUACACCGGCAUCGUGCCGCAUCUGGUGCGCGCCGUGCAGGAGAUGCAGGACCAACUCGAAGCCUCCCAGGCGCAGAUGACGCGCAUGCAGCAGCAGAUCGACGCGUAA